GGAGGCAGGGACACUUACUUAGGGAGGUAAAGAGAGGGAGGACAUUCUGAGCUGAGAUAUACACCCAGGAGAGCAUGAUAUAAAAAGACAGGCGGAAGUUAUAGCACAGAGACACAGAGAAGGCAAGUCACAGUGUCCUGCUCCCUUGCCACUUGUGAGCUGUCCUAACUGCCACAGAAAGCAGCCGCUGAUCGCAUAGGUUCUUUACUGUUUUGGAGAUUACACCUAGCCCUGACACAAAAUGAGCAACUACAGUGUUCAUCUGGUUGGCCCUGCUCCAUGGGGUUUCAGACUUCAAGGUGGGAAAGACUUCAACAUGCCUCUGACUAUUUCCAGGUUGAACGAUGGAGGUAAAGCAGCUCAAGCAAACAUUGGGAUUGGUGACGUGGUUCUUAGUAUUGAUGGUGUAAGCACUGAUGGAAUGACACAUUUAGAAGCACAAAACAAGAUCAAGGCAUGCUCUGGAUCUCUCAAUUUAAACCUUCAAAAGGCUUCGGCAGUACAAAAGACCAACCCAAAUCCAACACAAACCGAAGCUCCUAAAGAAAUAGUUAAACCCGUUCCUAUUGCAUCACCUACACCCGCUGUGCCCAAAGUCAACACGUCAGUCGCCUAUAAUAAAGCACCAAAGCCGUUUGGAGCUGCUUCAUCUCCAAAGAUUGCUUCCAUCCCAUCACCGUCCUCCGCUUUUACCCCAGCCACUGGUAACCAUUUCAACCAGGCACCUUCACAGCCAUCUGCUUUUUCACUGUUGGCUGCAGUCAACCCACCGCGAGCCACUUCACCUGGAUUGCAUGCUAGUUACAGAGUUACCAAUGAUGGGCAGCCUUCCCCAGUGAGUGCUACUAAACUUGCUAAUGUCCCACGGCAGCCUGGCAACUACAGUGCAUCAGUCAACACGUACCCACAGGAGACUGCACAAGAUGCAGAUUCUCCACGGAGAGGACAAACAGAAAACCAGGGGGACAAACAGCAGAAUGGGAAAACUCCACCAAAACGUCCUCCUCGGAAACACAUUGUUGACACCUACACAGAAUUUUACCACACUUCCACUCACAGCGACGCCAGCAAGAAACGCUUAAUGGAUAAUACUGAGGACUGGCACCCACGGACCGGAACAACGCAGUCACGUUCUUUCCGCAUUCUUGCUCAGAUGACUGGCACAGAACACAUGAAUGAACCAGAGCCUGAAGAUGUGAAAAAGACAAAGGAAAGCAACAUUGUAAAUGGAGAGAUCAGAACAUCUACAGAUCUGGCUGAUGUAACUGUAGUCCAAGAUAUUCCAGAAAAUACAAGGAGUUGCUCAGCAUCUACACAAACUGAGGAGGUUCUUCAUACAAGCACACCAUUGUCACCAACUGAACCUUCUCUGAGUCCAAGGUCCGCACCAUUAGAGAAUCUACAAAUGGAUGAGAUUGGUAUUUCUUCUUCUCCUUCAACGUUUUCUGCUAAGGAGUCCGUUGAGCCCAGACCUUCAAGUGCUGAGCAUGGGAGAAAGUCUCUUUUUGAAAAUCCUUUGGAGUCCUUGCCAAAGUGUGCACCUUUUGCACCUGCUACUGUUCAGAUCUUAAGUGUCAAUAGCCAAGUAGCAACACUAUCUAGAACUGCUUCCAUUUACACAAGCAAAUUAAAGUCUGCUGUCAUUAUAUCUGAUACACCAUUGGAAACUAGUACUGAGAGAAUUGUGAGUAAUGGAACAGGUCCGAAGAUUGAUGUGGUCCAAACAAACAGCAUUGGAACCCAGACUUGGGAAUCUACAUCAUCAGGGACAACUCAAGAACAUACAGUUGACACAUAUAGCUCAUCUCAUGCCGCAGUCAGGCAUGAAAAUAUUACUCACAUUUCUUCAAAAAACAUUUCCUCUACUGUGCAAAUAUCAACUGCCCAAUCUCAAGCUUCUUCAGCUCAGACAAGUAUUUACACCAAAAAAAACGUCAUGAACAAUCCUCUGGAAAAUCUACCCAAGUCUGCUCCCUGUCCUCCUCCUGUGUACGUAGAGCACAAUUCCAAGAGUAAAGACCAUGCAGUGGCUGCUGUGACAGCUGUUGUGGGUGCUCAGGCAAGACUUUCCGACCCUUUUGUUUAUCGCUCUCUUCUGGAUGCCCUUCUUAUAUCACCUAUCAUUAAGCCAAUGUUUCCAAAUAUGAAACCUUCCAGGAAAUCUACAGGUGUUCUGACCAUUGGGCAUUUUAAAAGUGAUUCACUGGAGCCUGCAGUGGGUACCACAUAUAAUGCUGCACAAACAAAGAGUAUGACAAGUUCAUAUAAACCACCACCAUUCAAGUCUAGUGGGCCAGCUAGCACGGCUAAACCAGCAGCCUGGCAACCAGGUAACCAACCAGCUCCCUUAACUGGACGGAUCACUAGUAACCCUCCUGCUUCAAGAUCAGGGGCUGCUAUCAAGCCUGUAGGCCCUCCUCCCUCUGCAGACCAGGAUACAUUGGUUCAGAGAGCAGAACACAUACCAGCAGGCACACGUACACCUAUGUGUGCCAUUUGCAACUUGGUCAUCAGAGGGCCAUUUUUGCUAGCUUUGGGGAAAUCGUGGCACCCAGAGGAAUUCAACUGUGCUCACUGCAAGAAAAAUAUGGCAGAGAUGGGCUUUGUCGUUGAGCAAGGAUCUCUCUAUUGUGAAAUUUGUUAUGAGAAGUUUUUUGCUCCAGAUUGCGCUCGUUGCCAGAGGAAGGUUCUUGGCGAAGUAAUCAAUGCUUUGAAGCAGACUUGGCAUGUCUCCUGCUUUGUGUGUGUGGCCUGUAACACUCCAAUUCGCAACAGUGUCUUCCAUUUAGAAGAUGGAGAACCCUAUUGUGAAACAGAUUAUUAUUCCUUGUUUGGUACGAUUUGCCAUGGAUGUGAAUUCCCUAUUGAAGCUGGAGACAGAUUCCUGGAAGCCUUGGGACAUACCUGGCAUAACACUUGCUUUGUGUGCGCGGUAUGCUGUGAGAGUUUGGAGGGACAAGCUUUCUUCUCUAAGAAAGACAAACCAUUAUGCAAGAAGCACGCCCAUGCUGUGAAUAUCUGAGACCUUCUUUAGCUUCCCUGCAUGAUUCGGUGGCCUCUAUAAUUCAAAAUCUUUCAUGUUUGUAGUUAAGUAGCCUAAGAUUAGAGUUUUUUGUAUAUUCAAAUCACUUGCUGCUUAGGUGUUUGAAUUUUUUGUUGCAUUAUGAAAACAAUUAAAAUAAAUUAUUAGUUAGGGUGACAAAGGUGUUCUAUGCUUUGUGCAACACGCAAUGUGCAGAUCCUGAAUUGAAAGUAUGGCUAUGGUGACAUUCAGUCUCAUAAAACAUAUAUACAUACAUUGGGUAAUGAUUGUGAAAAUUACUUACUGAUAUUCUUGGUUAUGUGAUUAAAAAAAAUAAUAAUUUAAACUCGUCUACUUUUUAACAUAUUCCAUUUCAUAAGCUGGCUGAUUAGCUUGUAACUGAUCACACAUCAAGGCUGAGUUUAGAUUUAGAAAUACACAGAUGCAUAUCUAUUUUAAUUAUAAUUUGUAAUGAGGCUCGUAAGAUGUGAUUUUAUUUUUUUCAUUUUAGAGGUUGCAAAUAUUAAUGUUUAUUAACAGAAAAAAGUGGCCAGAGUAGCUUUAAUGAUUACAAGACAUGCACAUUUACUGGAGAAUUUCUGGUACUAGCAUGUCAACACACUGUAUAGAAAUGUACCGGGGCACUUGGUAUUGUAGGUCUAGUCAUAGCUAUAAUUAUUUUAGAAUUAAAUAUUCUAAGGAUGCAUGUCAGCUAGGUCUAUUGCAUCCCAUUAUGUUUUAAGGUACAGAUUGUGAAAAUAUAUUUGCUUACAUGUAAUGCACAUAUUUAUAUAUGGAUAUCACUGUUUUACAACCUGGUGUAAAAAUUGUGCAUUUUUUGUGUUUUAGUUUAAAGAUCAUACCAGAUUUGCAAUGUCUAGUGCCCCAGCUCUAGUAGGCUUCUUAGAUUACAAUACCAUGAAAGGUGCAGUUUUUUACCCAUGGGGUUAUUCACUAUAAUGUGAAUUUAUGGAAAUUCAAAGCAAUUUUCAAGUGAAUUUUAAAUUUUAGGCCAAAAUAUCUGACUUGAAAAAACUAUCAAGUGAGCUGUGGUUUAUUUUUUUUUUCCAUUUUUACCUAAAAUAAAAAUGAUGCAUUUUUUAUGGAAUUGUGAAUCUGAUGAUUUCAUUGCUGCACUGUUACUUUCACCAAAACUAUAUUGUGUUCAUGUAGCACUUUUGGCUAGAUUGAUAAUGCUACAAAAUUAAGUGAAUGUGGCAACCUGAUAUAUUGGUUUGUGUGAUGGCACUAAGAUUUUUUUUGGAUUUUUUCCCCUUAUGCUUCCAACAAGCUCAAGUGUUUAGUAAAUCUUUCAACAAUCCACCUUAAAAAGGCAUGUGGCAUUUUCAUGUACAAUCUAUUCUCACAGUGAAUUUUGGCAGAUUUAAGCUACUAGAAAAUAUUGCAUAUUUUUUUGUGGCCCGUAAUGUUAACUACAGUUUAUUUCCACAAAAACAUGUAUAUAAAAGUUUUUGAAGUUCUAUAGAUGAAAAUUUUGUCACUGGGCAUUUAGCAUGGGGCAGCAUAGCAUGAUUGUAUCCUUCUCAAGGUGUGGUACUGGAGUAAAACACAAUUAUUUUUGCACAUGCUCCAAAGCAGUAAUGUUUUCUUUCUUUAUAAUAAAAAGUUAAUUGAGGUGUAUAAAAUUAUAAAAUAACACCGAUUCUGAUUGUGCUAAUAAUGAAAAUGUAAAAUGAUUAUAACUGCUGUGUAUGACAGUAUGAUUUACCUGCAGACUUUACAAAUCUGCAGGCAAUGUCUUUUUUUUUCUAUUAUUUUCCUGAGUACUAUUCACAUCUGCUAAAUCCUGCAUACAUUUUUUUGCUUUAGAAUUUUUUGAGUGGACACAAAAAUAGUUUCCCCUAUGCUAAUAUCUACACAUAAAACCAAAGUAGAAGCAAGGUGAUCCGCAUACAAUGGUUAAGGUUACCUAACAGCAGGCAAUAAUAGAUACAACCUAUAUGGUACAAAGAUAAGAAAUCAUCAUGGUAUAGUAUGUAAAAACUAUUUAAAUUAGUGAGAUAACUUGGAACACUGACAUAUUUUAGAGCCAAUCAAAAUUUAGCUGUAAACUGUACAGGCAUUUCAUCAAUCUCAAGUUGUUCCAAGUUAGCUCACUAAUUUAAAUACAUUUUACAUACUAUACCAUGAUGGUUUCUUAUCUUUGUACCUUAUAGGUUUUAUCUAUUCUUGUCUGCUGUAAGGUAACCUAUACCAUUUUGUGCACAAUCAUCUUGUUUCUGUUUUGGUUUUAUGUAUGUAUUAAGUGUUAAAGUGACAUGAAACUUGGGUGAUCUGUUAGCAGCACUGGGUUUUAGUUUAUAUCGUCUCUAAUCCUUCAAAUCUCUUUAACUGCUAAUAUCUACACAUAUCUAAUAUAAUAUA